AUGGAAGCUAAAACCAUUGCAACGUCUCUCGGUGGCGACCGCUUACUGAUACUCCCGAAUAGUCCUCGCUCUUCCUUCGCUCCUACAAUCCGGUGCUCCCGCUUGCCGCAGAAGCGUGCGUCAAUCGGUGGUACUGCCUCUCCUUCCGGCGUCAAUGGUUACCGUGGCUUGUCUCUGACUCGUCGGAAUCCGAUUGUUUCGACUCGUCGACUCGUCCCUGCUCGUGCAAUUGAGUCGGACCUUCCUCAGGGAUCUUCAGGUUUGGGGAAAACAAAGGAAUACGAAGAAUGGGAUUCAUGGACGGCCAAAUUCUCCGGUGGAGCAAACAUUCCCUUUCUGAUGCUGCAAUUGCCACAGAUUAUCCUCAAUUCCCAGAAUCUCUUGGCCGGAAACAACACCGCCCUCUCCGCUGUCCCAUGGCUGGGGAUGUUGACUGGUUUGUUAGGAAACCUUUCGCUGCUUUCAUAUUUCGCAAAGAAGAGAGAAAAAGAAGCAGCUGUGGUGCAAACGCUCGGAGUCAUCUCCACCUACAUUGUGCUUGCGCAGCUCACAAUGGCUGAAGCUAUGCCUCUGAAGUAUUUCGUUGCUACUUCGGCCGUUGUGACGAUGGGUCUCAUACUGAACUGUUUGUUCUAUUUCGAUAAGCUUAAUAGAACUCUGUGGCGACUCUGGGAAGACUUUAUCACUAUCGGUGGACUCUCCGUUCUUCCUCAAAUAAUGUGGUCAACUUUCGUCCCUCUUGUACCAGACAGUAUCUUGCCUGGGACAACUGCUUUUGUUAUUGCUGUAGCGGCUGUAAUUUUGGCUCGAACAGGGAAACUAUCAGAGAAAGGUCUUAGGUUUUUCGCGUCUUUAUCUGGAUGGACAGCUACACUUAUGUUCAUGUGGAUGCCAGUUUCCCAAAUGUGGACAAAUUUUCUAAACCCAGAAAACAUAAAAGGGUUAUCGGCGAUCACAAUGGUGCUUGCGAUGAUGGGAAACGGACUAAUGAUCCCACGAGCACUGUUUAUCCGUGAUUUGAUGUGGUUCACUGGUUCGAUGUGGGCGACUCUCUUUUAUGGAUAUGGAAACAUCCUUUGCUUAUACAUGUUUAACUGCACCAGCCAGUCAUUUUUCGCAGCGGCCACAAUUGGUUUGAUCUCAUGGAUAGGGCUGGCUUUGUGGAGAGAUGCAAUGGCUUAUGGUCACAACUCGCCGUUUAGAUCUUUGAAGGAACUUGUUUUUGGACCAUAA